AUGGCCACCACGGCAGCAGACAGCGAUGAUAAUGCAACUGCAAACAUUGAUCCCAACAUGGGUAGCAGCAAUGGCGACAAUAUCGCCCCAAUUACAUCCGCGCAAAGCUUCACUCCGCGCUCACUGCUCGUUGGUCUCGGAAUCGGCACCUUGAUCAUCUUCUCAAACACUUAUUUCGGCUUGCAGACGGGAUGGAUGAGUUUGAUGACCAUGCCAUCUUCCCUGAUCGGGUUUGCAGUCUUCAAAAGUUUGUCGAAACAUCUCUCUUUCCCAUUUACGCCGGUCGAGAAUGUGCUUAUUCAAACUGUUGCGGGUGCCGUAGGCACUAUGCCGCUGGGAUGCGGAUUUGUGGGUGUUAUUCCGGCUCUUGAGUUCUUGCUUAAAGAAGGUGAGGAUGGGAAGCUGGGUGAUGGGGGAACUGGUGAGGGUGGUCCGUUGAAUGUGGGCUUCUGGAAGUUGGUGAUUUGGAGUCUGGGGGUUUGUUUGUUUGGCGCUAUCUUUGCUGUUCCGCUCAGGAAGGAGGUUAUUAUUCGGGAGAAGUUGAAGUUUCCGAGUGGAACAGCGACCGCCUUGAUGAUUAGGAUGUUGCAUGGGUCGGCGGAUGAGAAAUCGGACGCUCAGCACCAGCGUGCGUCAUCGGUUACAAAUGUCCCGACAAGUAGACCGGUUUCUUCAGCUUCUACGACCCGGGAUGUACAAGUCAACGGUGAUGGCCGCCGUGACUGGAAGUCAAAGAUCCGCCUGCUCAUUGGCGCAUUUGCCGUCUCAGCGUUUUAUACACUCUUCUCAUACUUUGUCCCUCAAGUCCGUGACCUCCCCAUAUUUGGGUUGUCGCUAGCCCAAAAUUGGCUCUGGACUCUAAACCCUUCCCCGGCAUAUGUGGGUCAGGGCAUCAUAAUGGGCCCUUCGACCUCAAUGCAUAUGCUCCUGGGCGCAGUCCUAGGCUGGGCAAUACUGUCGCCUAUCGCCAAACACAAAGGGUGGGCACCGGGACCAGUCGAUGACUGGGCAAACGGCAGUAAAGGUUGGAUUAUAUGGGUGUCUUUGGCCAUCAUGCUCGCAGACUCGAUCAUAAAUCUCGGAUGGCUCAUUCUGCGAACGUCAUACGGAUCUCUCCCAUGGCUGAAAGCCAAGCUGCAAGCCCUCAAACGGAAGGGAGGGAAAGGAGUCAUUUCUGAGCAGAGACGCCGUUCGCACGUCCAAUAUUCAGCUCUGCAUGCGCCCACAAAUGCCGAGGAAUUGAAUAUCGAAGAGGACGAAGGAGACCUAGAAGAAGAAGAAUCCGACGCUCCCCCCUCGGAACUCAUCUCAAACCGCACAAUCUUCAUCUUCCUCCCGCUCACUUUAGUCCUAAACGUGAUAUGCAUGCACAUCGCCUUCGGCGACAUCAUCACCCCCUUCCUCUCCACCUUUGCCACUUUACUAGCAGUCCUCCUCUCAAUCAUGGGUGUCCGCGCCCUCGGCGAAACAGACCUCAACCCCGUGUCCGGAAUCAGCAAAUUAACCCAACUCAUCUUCUCCCUCGUCACGCCUGCAUCAAUGCAUACCCGCCGCUCGGCUGUAGUCACAAACCUUCUCGCUGGGGCCGUUUCUGAAGCCGGCGCUCUGCAGGCUGGCGACAUGAUGCAGGACCUCAAGACGGGUCACUUACUAGGCGCAAGUCCCAAGGCGCAGUUUUAUGGGCAGGUUAUUGGGAGCGUUUUUGGUGCUGUGGUAUCGACGGCCGUGUAUAAGAUGUACGUCAACGUGUAUCCUGUGCCGGGCGACCAGUUCCAGAUCCCCGCGGCGUUUGUGUGGAUAUUUACGGCACGGCUUGUGACGGGUCAGGGGKUGCCUCCUAUGGCGUGGCAGGUUGCGAUGCUUUUUGGAGCGGUGUUUGUGGGUACAACGGUUCUCAGGAUUGUGGCUACGGUUCGACGUACUCAACAACAUCAAGGCAGCCCUCCGCCGUCGUGGAUAUCGUUUGUCCCCGGUGGGAUUGCGGUUGCAGUGGGCAUGUUUAACGUUCCGUCUUUCACACUGGCGAGAGCUAUCGGAGGCGUGAUAGCGUGGUGGUGGGCGAGAAGGAAUUCCUCUGCGCCUGUGCCGCUUCCUUCUUCUUCAGAUCAGGGACAUAUCGUCAGUCCUACCACCACUGAUGCAACCGAUGCAGACGAAUCGACAAACGAAUCGACGUCAUCAUCGCCUCUUAUAUCUGCGAGUGUUGAAUUACAGAGUGCCGCCAAGUCGCAGCCAUCGCCACUUGAUCCCAGUCAAGAAGAUACGUCCUCGUCGACUGUGGUCGUGCUCGCGUCGGGACUCAUACUCGGUGAGGGCGUGCUGAGUAUUGCGAAUUUGAUUCUUGCUAGUUUCAAGGUGCCGCAUCUCUGA